AUUUAGUCAAUCAACCUAGAAAAGCAUAUAAUUAUAUACAUUAUAUUUUCCCCAGUAUUGAUAAUGUAUGGGCGUUUCUUAUUCGGUAUCUUUUGGGCCCAACCUAGAACCACACUGGCAGAGUAAGCCCACAGGUUAAUGAAAGCUGAGUCGGGUAUCAGACUCAGCUAACAGUGAAAAGUGCUAAGUCAGAGGGUACGAUGAAAGAAUAGCUUUUCUCAGAAGCCGAUCAGAAGAAGUGGAGAGGUUGUAGAUAAUCAGGGUUUGAAGAAGAAGCUGCCAAAUAUUUCUGUCACAGUUGGAUGGCUGCUGCCGUGGAGGACGAGAACUCGGAGACGAUGAUGGGGGUUCGUACUCAUCCGCCUCCUCACGAAGCCAACUCACGAACCGGCCAAGAUGCUGUCUCCUCCAUAACUCCAAAACCCUCCCCGAAGGAUAGUCCAAACCCAAAGGCUUUCAUAGCGUCUGUAGCCUCCAAUAUCGCUUCCCAGCCUCUCCAGAACUACGAUCCUCAUGUUUGGGGAGUCCUAACGGCUAUUUCCAACAAUGCCCGCAAACGCCACCAAGGCAUAAAUAUAAUUCUGACUGCCAAUGAGCAUUGCAUUGGCCGAAUGGUACAGGAUCCACAAUUCCAGAUUGAAGCAAAUGCCAUUAGUGCAAAUCAUUGUAAGAUAUAUAGGAAAAACUUUGCUGAUGAAGAUAUGAAACACACAUCGAGUUGUUCCCCAGCUGUGUUUUUGAAAGAUACAAGCACUAAUGGGACGUAUCACAACUGGAAGAAGUUGGUGAAGGACAGUCCUGAAGCUGAAGUUGGUCAUGGAGAUAUUAUAUCACUUGCUGCUCCUCCUCAGCAUGAAUUUGCAUUUGCUUAUGUAUUUCGUAAAGUUCUUGACUCCACCACCAGUACAGCAGUUGCAAAAAGAAAAUCAGAGGAGUUUGUCGCGGAAACCAAGAGACUGAAAGGAAUUGGAAUUGGUGCUCCAGAGGGACCUAUAUCUCUUGAUGAUUUUCGAAGUCUACAAAGAUCAAACAUGGAAUUGAGGAAGCAAUUAGAAAGUCAGGUCAUUACUAUUGAUGCAUUGCGCAAUGAGAAUCGUGCAGCUAUUGAGCAUCAUGAGAAUGAAAUGAAUGAGCUGAAGGAAUCUACUUCAAAGUCUUACCUUGAUCAGCUCAAAGAGUCCCACCAUUUGCUGGAGGUUAAAAAAAAAGAGCUGUCAGAGGUCAACAGAAUAUCUGCCGAGCAAAAGCAUGCUAUUGAGGACCUUAAUGAAAGGCUCAGUGCUUCCAUGCAGUCCUGUACUGAAGCAAAUGAAAUAAUGAAUAGUCAGAAGGUGUCUAUAGCUGAACUCAAGGCACAAUUAGAUGAAGAACGAGAACAAAAAAGAGAAGAACGAGAAAAGGCUGCAGCAGAUUUAAAAGCAGCAGUGCAGAGAGCUCAGUUAGAGGCUGAAGAGGAAUUAAAACGACUGUCUGAUGCUGCCUUAAGGCGCGAAAGAGAACAACAAGAAGUGAUUAAUAAACUUCAGGAAUCAGAAAGAGAAAGGUGUUUACUAGUGGAAACAUUGAGGUCCAAAUUGGAAGACACUAGGCAAAAGUUAGUUAUCUCUGACAAUAAAGUACGCCAACUUGAAAAUCAAGUUCAUGAAGAGCAAUUGGCUUCUGGAAAUGGGAGAAAAAGAGUGGAAGAGCUGGAAGUUGAAACAAAAAGGUUAAGAAAAGAGCUUGAGAGUGAAAAGCAGGCAGCUCGAGAAGAAGCAUGGGCUAAAGUUUCUGCUCUAGAACUUGAGAUUAAUGCUGCAAUGAGGGAUCUUGAUUUUGAGAGACGAAGAUUAAAAGCUGCCAGAGAGAGAAUUAUGCUGAGGGAGACGCAGCUAAGAGCGUUUUAUUCCACGACUGAGGAGAUUUCUAAUCUGUUUGCUAAGCAGCAGGAACAGUUGAAAGCAAUGCAAAGGACUCUGGAGGACGAGGAAAACUAUGAGAACACAUCAGUUGAUAAUGACCUCAACCAGACAGUUGGAGUUGUAAAUGAAAUCUUAGGCAAAGAAAAGGAAGCAACAGGGUACCCCAGUACUAGUGCUGCUAAUGCUGGCUCAGCUGCCUCAGCCCUGAGGUUGGACAAAAAUCAAGUUGAAAUUUCAAGUGAUGAAGCCAGUGUUACUGAGAAGCAUGACUGUGAUAUUAGAAGCCAAGAAGGAGACCAAAAUACCCAAGAGGCAGAAUUUACAAGUGAAGACCACGGUGUCAAAGGUGGAUUUGGUUCUGACAUUGAUGGUGUUGGUACUGCACCUGUUAUUGACGGAGAUGCCAUUGGCACCGAACAAGUUCCUGAAACUGAAAGCCCUGGAAUUAAUAAUGGUGGUGAACGUAGUAUUGAUUUGAACAAGUGCAACACUUUGGAUGGGGAUACAAUGCAACUUGAUAUAGAAACCCAUGUACAAGUAACUGAUGAACGGGUUCAUGUAAUGUCUCAGGAAUGUUUGCAUCACUCUCAAUCAAAUAGUCCCCUUGAAACCCUGAAGGGUAUGGAAGAUACAGAACCUGCAGGCACAAUCAGGACGGCGGAUCUUUUAGCUUCUGAAGUUGCUGGUAGCUGGGCAUACAGUACGGCUCCUUCUGUACAUGGGGACAAUGAAUCCCCAAGUAAAGAAAAUAAUGUGAAAGGUGGCAAUACCCUACAAGAUUCCAUUGGACAGGUGGCUGAGAGUCAAAGUACCCCAUCUUCUGAGGCUGCUGCCACAAGAUGGAAGCAUGAACGUCAAGCACUGAGUGAAAUGAUCGGGAUCGUUGCUCCUGAUUUAAAGGAACAGUUUGGUGGUUCCAUGGACGGUGGAGAUCAACACCGAGGGAAAUAUUCUUCUUCAUCUGACUCAGAUACAGAGAAUUGCACAGACGAUGAUGAAGAGGAUAACAAGGCUGAUGCUAAAGGGGGAUCAAUUUCUGAUGCAGAGACUGAGGGUAGUAGUAGUGAUCAAGCUGAUGACAAUCAAAAACUGGAUGAUGCAAUGGAUGAAGAUGAUGCUACAGAAGUAGAUUCUCUUGGAUAAUAAAUGUAUCAAAGUAUGCCUGCUUCUUCUUCUUUUUUUUUUCCUUCUUUUUCCUUUUUUUUUUUUCAUGUUUUUGAUUUUUGCAGUUUAGGAGAGGAUGUUGGGGGAUGAUGUACAUAAGUCAAUCUGGAUUAUUUUUGUGUCUCUUCUCUCCCAAGAAGCCUAUUUUGUAGUUAUUAAUAUAAUGUACAUAAGAAUUCGUUCUUAGA